AAACCAAGUAAAGAUCCACGUGUACAUUAAAAGCCAAUCCUCUCUCCUGUAUUAUAAUCAUUACAUUGGGUCAUAAAUAUUACACUUAUAAACUAACGAGAUUUUAUCAAGAAAGAUCUCGUUCUUGGACAUUACUUGCUCACUUCACUUUGCAGAUAUGUCGUCUUACGAUAAGUCAGAUGUGGCCGAAAGGGAAGUGAAGGACAGAGGGGAGAAAGAAGAGAAUAAAGAUGAGGAGAAGGGUGGCUUUUUGGACAAGGUUAAAGGUUUCAUCCACGACAUUGGUGAGAAAAUUGAGGGAACAAUCGGAUUUGGGAAGCCAACUGCAGAUGUUACUGAGAUCCACAUCCCUCAUAUCAGUAUGGAGAAGGCCGAGAUAGUUGUGGAUGUCCUAGUCACGAACCCGAAUCCUGUUCCAAUCCCCCUCAUCGACAUAAACUAUUUGGUCGAGAGCGAUGGGAGGAAGCUGGUCUCUGGGUUGAUUCCCGAUGCGGGGACAAUCCACGCACAUGGCUCCGAGACUGUCAAGCUGCCACUUUGUCUUAUAUACGAUGAUAUCAAGAGUACGUACGAUGAUAUCCAACCCGGGAGUGUGAUUCCUUACAGAGUUAAGGUCGACCUCAUUGUGGAUGUGCCUGUGUUUGGCAGGCUUACUUUUCCCCUCGAGAAGACCGGGGAGAUCCCCAUUCCUUACAAACCAGAGAUUGAUCUCGACAAGAUUAAUUUCGAUAAAUUCUCUUUCGAAGAAACCAGUGCCACGCUUCAUUUGAAGCUGGGAAACCAGAACGACUUCGACCUAUGCCUUAAUGAUAUUGACUUUGAGAUUUGGCUAUGCGAUGUGAGCAUUGGCAGCGCUGAUCUCAACAAGCCUACUAAUAUCGAGAAGAAGGGGACGGGCUUCAUUGAUGUUCCCAUCACGUUUAGGCCCAAGGACUGUGGCUCUGCCCUUUGGGAUAUGAUACGAGGAAGGGGGACAGGCUACGCCAUAAAAGGAAACAUCAAUGUGGACACGCCUUUUGGGCCUAUGAAGCUUCCGAUUACUAAGGAGGGUGGCGAAACUCGUCUCAAGAAGAACAAGGAAGAUGGAGGCGAUGAUGAUGAUGAUGAGGUAUGCUUAUAAUGUUGUGCUGAUUUAGAUUAUUUUCUUAGCUGAUAUUCAUCACUCAUAAUACUUGUAUUUGCUGUGUGUUUUGAACAAUGUGGAGUUAUCUAGGAACCCUUCUACCCUGUUAGGAAAUAAAGUGAUCACAAACAUAAACGAAUAAACACAUCAAUUGUUUACCUAGUUCGAUACGAUGCAUAUCUAUAUAUUGGAAAAAUAGGCGACAGUGAUCAUAGUAACAAUAGGAAACGUGGUGGGCCUAAAAUACGUGUACGAAGGCCCACAAACGUGUUGGGCCUAGAAUACAUUCGAGAUCGUGGACUGAUUUACUUCAUUUUUGGUUUCCAGGAAUGAAAAUGAGGAGAUGGCAAUUGAGGAGUUGAAGCUCAGCAAAGAUUGUGUGUGGAAGUUUUCUUGUUCAAAA